AGUGGAAUGAUGACUAAUAAUACUAAUAUGCUUUUUACCAUAAAUAUAUACUAAAUAUUGUAAUAUUUUCUAUCUAUUUGGGGACACUCUUUUACAUUUCAAGUUUUAAUAUUGUCAAUUCAUAAAACAUCCGGCUCUAGACUGUUACUCUAUAGUGAAAGUGACAGGAGCUGAAGCUGGGAUCAACUGCCUGUGCUGAAUGAUGACAAAAGAUGAUGGACCCCAGAUCAAAAAUACUCAAGCAAAGAAUGUAAAACUACAUGACCAAAUAAAGCGAGCGAUUACAGCUGUGACUACACUAUAUAAGAAGGAGGGCUGAACACCCCCAAGGACUGACAGACGACCAGUCAAGGUGAGUCAGUCUUUUAUUAGCAGGAGGAAAGCCAGCAGCUUAAUGAACAAUGCAGGGCAUGACCACUUACUGCCAGACACCUCCAAGAGAAUAGAGCUCUGUGAACAGCAAUCUCUGAAUUACUUACUUACUUUAAUUACACUUAAUAAUUUCAACUAUUUAUAAUUUCAACUAUUUGCUUGUUUCUUUAGAAUCCUCAUCAGACCAUCAUUAUCUGUUCUCCUGGGGGAGUGAAGAAGUAAGAGCUCACCAUGAGCGGGGAUGCGGAAAUGGAGUGUUUUGGGCCUGCGGCCGUUUACCUCCGCAAGCCAGAGAGGGAGAGGAUUGAAGCUCAGAACACUCCCUUUGAUGCUAAAACAGCUUACUUUGUGACUGAGCCUAAUGAGAUGUACCUCAAGGGGAAACUCAUCAAAAGAGAGGGCGGCAAAGCCACGGUGGAGACUCUCUGUGGAAAAACUCUGACAGUGAAAGAAGAUGAAGUCUUCCCUAUGAACCCUCCAAAGUUUGAUAAGAUUGAGGACAUGGCCAUGAUGACCCACCUCAGUGAACCCUCUGUGUUGUAUAACCUCAAAGAGCGCUAUGCAGCAUGGAUGAUCUAUACCUACUCAGGUCUGUUCUGCGUCACUGUGAAUCCCUACAAGUGGCUCCCAGUGUAUGAUUCAGUGGUUGUCUCAGGAUACAGAGGCAAAAAGAGAGUUGAAGCUCCGCCCCACAUCUUCUCCAUCUCUGAUAACGCCUAUCAGUUCAUGCUUCAAGACAGAGAAAACCAAUCAAUCCUGAUUACUGGAGAAUCUGGUGCAGGAAAGACUGUCAACACCAAACGUGUCAUCCAGUACUUUGCGACAAUCGCAGUGUCCAGUUCAGCAAAGAAAGCUGAGCCGGUUCCUGGAAAAAUGCAGGGGUCACUGGAAGAUCAAAUCAUUGCAGCAAACCCUCUGUUGGAAGCUUAUGGUAAUGCCAAGACUGUGAGGAACGACAACUCUUCACGCUUUGGAAAAUUUAUCAGAAUUCACUUUGGGUCAACUGGAAAGCUGGCUUCAGCUGAUAUUGAAACAUAUCUGCUGGAGAAGUCUCGAGUGACCUUCCAGCUCUCUGCUGAGAGGAGCUACCACAUCUUCUACCAGCUCACAACUGGCCACAAACCUGAACUCAUAGAGGCGUUGCUGAUCACCACCAAUCCCUACGACUAUCCGAUGAUUAGUCAGGGUGAAAUCACUGUCAAGAGUAUCAAUGACAUUGAAGAAUUCAUUGCUACUGAUACUGCCAUUGACAUCCUGGGCUUUACUGCAGAAGAGAAGGCUUGCAUUUACAAACUGACUGGAGCCGUGAUGCAUCAUGGAAACAUGAAGUUCAAGCAGAAGCAGCGUGAAGAGCAGGCUGAGCCUGAUGGGACUGAGGUGGCAGAUAAGAUUGCCUACCUCAUGGGGCUGAACUCUGCUGAUUUGCUAAAAGCACUUUGCUACCCCAGAGUGAAGGUUGGGAACGAGUAUGUGACCAAAGGUCAAACUGUCCCUCAGGUGAACAAUUCCGUCAUGGCUCUCUGCAAGUCUGUCUAUGAGAAAAUGUUCUUGUGGAUGGUCGUCAGGAUCAAUGAGAUGCUGGACACCAAACAGCCCAGAAGCUUCUUCAUUGGUGUCCUGGACAUUGCUGGCUUUGAAAUCUUUGAUUUCAACAGUUUGGAGCAACUUUGCAUCAACUUCACCAAUGAAAAACUGCAACAGUUUUUCAACCACCACAUGUUUGUCCUGGAGCAAGAAGAGUACAAGAAGGAGGGAAUUGAAUGGGAGUUCAUUGACUUUGGUAUGGACUUGGCUGCCUGCAUUGAGCUUAUUGAGAAGCCCAUGGGCAUCUUCUCCAUCCUUGAAGAGGAGUGCAUGUUCCCCAAGGCGACAGACAUGACCUUCAAGAACAAACUGUACGACCAGCAUAUUGGUAAAAGUGCCCCCUUCCAAAAGCCAAAGCCAGCCAAAGGUAAAGCAGAGGCCCAUUUCUCCCUGGUGCACUAUGCUGGCACUGUGGAUUACAACAUUCUUGGUUGGUUGGACAAGAACAAGGAUCCACUCAACGACUCAGUGGUUCAGCUCUACCAGAAGUCUUCAGUCAAACUGUUGGCCUUGCUGUAUGCGUCACAUGCCUCAGGAGAUGCUGAAGGUGGUGGCAAGAAAGGAGGCAAAAAGAAGGGUGGCUCAUUUCAAACCGUGUCUGCUUUGUUCAGGGAAAAUCUAGGAAAGCUGAUGACAAAUCUGAGGAGCACCCAUCCUCAUUUUGUGCGCUGCUUGAUUCCUAAUGAAUCAAAGACACCAGGUCUGAUGGAGAACUUCCUGGUCAUCCAUCAGCUGAGGUGUAACGGUGUGCUGGAAGGAAUCAGGAUCUGUAGGAAAGGCUUCCCCAGCAGAAUCCUCUAUGGAGACUUCAAGCAGAGAUACAAAGUACUGAAUGCCAGUGUUAUACCUGAGGGACAGUUUAUCGAUAACAAGAAGGCCUCUGAGAAACUGCUGGGAUCCAUCAAUGUGGAUCAUUCCCAGUAUAAGUUUGGCCACACCAAGGUCUUCUUCAAGGCUGGACUUCUAGGUACACUUGAAGAGAUGAGAGAUGAAAAACUGGCUGAGCUGGUCACAAUGACUCAAGCUCUCUGCAGAGGUUUCGUCAUGAGACGCGAGUUUGUCAAGAUGAUGGAGAGGAGGGAUGCCAUUUACUCCAUCCAGUACAACAUUCGCUCAUUCAUGAAUGUAAAAACCUGGCCAUGGAUGAAGCUGUACUUCAAGAUCAAGCCUCUUCUAAAGAGUGCAGAGACAGAGAAGGAGAUGGCUCAAAUGAAAGAAGACUUUGAAAAAACCAAAGAAGACCUGACAAAGGCUCUGGCUAAAAAGAAGGAACUGGAGGAGAAGAUGGUUUCUCUCUUGCAGGAGAAGAACGACUUGUUAUUGCAAGUGCAGUCUGAAGGGGAAAACCUUGCUGAUGCUGAGGAAAGGUGUGAGGGGCUCAUCAAAGCAAAAAUCCAGCUCGAAGCCAAAGUCAAAGAGACGUCUGAGAGACUGGAGGAUGAAGAGGAAAUCAAUGCUGAACUGACAGCAAAGAAGAGGAAGCUGGAGGACGAGUGCUCUGAGCUGAAGAAGGACAUUGAUGACUUGGAGCUCACCCUGGCCAAAGUGGAGAAGGAGAAACAUGCCACUGAGAACAAGGUUAAAAACCUGGUUGAGGAGAUGACCUCACAAGAUGAAGCCAUCGCCAAGCUGACUAAAGAGAAGAAGGCCCUCCAGGAGGCCCAUCAGCAGACCCUUGAUGACCUGCAGGCAGAGGAAGACAAAGUCAACACUCUGACAAAGGCCAAGACCAAGCUGGAGCAGCAAGUGGAUGAUCUUGAAGGUUCACUGGAGCAAGAAAAGAAGCUUCGCAUGGACCUUGAGCGAGCUAAAAGAAAGCUAGAAGGAGAUCUGAAACUGUCCCAAGAAACCAUAAUGGAUCUGGAAAAUGACAAGCAGCAGUCUGAAGAAAGAAAUAAGAAAAAGGACUUUGAGAUUAGCCAACUCCUGGGUAAGAUUGAGGAUGAACAAACCUUAGGAAUCCAGCUACAGAAAAAGAUAAAAGAACUUCAGGCUCGUAUUGAAGAAUUGGAAGAAGAGAUUGAGGCUGAACGAGCUGCUCGGGCCAAGGUUGAGAAGCAGAGGUCUGAUCUCUCCAGGGAACUUGAGGAGAUCAGUGAGAGGCUGGAAGAAGCUGGUGGAGCAACUGCAGCUCAGAUUGAGAUGAACAAGAAGCGCGAGGCUGAGUUUCAGAAGCUGCGUCGGGAUCUCGAAGAGUCCACCCUGCACCAUGAGGCCACUGCUGCUGCUCUCCGCAAGAAGCAGGCCGACAGUGUGGCAGAGCUGGGAGAACAGCUGGAUAACCUCCAGAGAGUCAAACAGAAGCUGGAGAAAGAGAAAAGUGAAUACAAGAUGGAGAUUGACGACCUCUCAAGCAAUAUGGAGUCCAUUGCCAAAUCAAAGGCAAAUCUGGAAAAGUUGUGCAGGACACUGGAAGAUCAACUGAGCGAGCUCAAAUCCAAGAAUGACGAAAACGUUCGCCAGCUAAACGACUUCAGUGCACAGAAAGCAAGACUUCAAACUGAAAAUGGUGAAAUAACUCGUCAGUUGGAGGAGAAAGAAGCUCUUGUCUCCCAGCUGUCAAGAGGCAAGCAGGCUUAUACUCAGCAGGUUGAGGAGCUAAAGAGGCACAUAGAGGAGGAAGUUAAGGCCAAGAACGCCCUAGCUCAUGCUGUCCAGUCAUCUCGUCAUGACUGUGACCUGCUCAGAGAGCAGUAUGAGGAGGAGCAGGAGGCCAAGGGUGAGCUGCAGCGAGCAAUGUCCAAGGCCAACAGCGAGGUGGCUCAGUGGAGGACCAAAUAUGAGACUGAUGCCAUUCAGCGCACUGAGGAGCUGGAGGAGGCAAAGAAAAAGCUUGCUCAGCGUCUUCAGGAUGCUGAGGAAUCUAUUGAGGCUGUGAAUGCAAAAUGUGCCUCACUGGAAAAGACCAAACAAAGGCUGCAGGGUGAAGUGGAGGACUUGAUGAUCGAUGUGGAGAGAGCCAACGCUCUGGCUGCUAACCUCGACAAGAAGCAAAGGAACUUUGAUAAGGUUCUUGCUGAAUGGAAGCAGAAAUAUGAGGAGGCCCAGGCAGAGCUGGAGGGAGCUCAGAAGGAAGCUCGGUCAUUAAGCACAGAGUUGUUCAAAAUGAAGAACUCGUAUGAGGAAGCUCUGGAUCAUUUGGAGACCUUGAAGAGGGAGAACAAAAACCUGCAACAGGAGAUUUCAGACCUGAGUGAACAACUUGGAGAGACUGGCAAAACAAUUCACGAACUUGAGAAGGGAAAGAAGACAGUGGAAAGUGAGAAGUCUGAGAUUCAAACUGCUCUGGAGGAGGCAGAGGCUACCUUAGAGCAUGAGGAAUCCAAGAUCCUCCGUGUUCAGCUUGAACUCACCCAAGUCAAGAGUGAAAUUGACAGAAAACUUGCAGAGAAGGAUGAAGAGAUUGAACAGAUCAAGAGGAACAGCCAGAGAGUGAUUGAGUCCAUGCAGAGCACUCUGGAUGCUGAAGUCAGGAGCAGGAACGAUGCCCUGAGAGUCAAGAAGAAGAUGGAGGGAGACCUCAAUGAGAUGGAGAUUCAGCUGAGCCAUGCGAACCGCCAGGCAGCUGAAGCCCAGAAACAGCUGAGGAACGUGCAGGGGCAGCUCAAGGAUGCCCAGCUUCACCUUGAUGAAGCUAUUAGAAGUCAGGAAGACAUGAAAGAACAGGUCGCCAUGGUGGAGCGCAGGAACAACCUGAUGCUGGCUGAGAUUGAGGAGCUGAGAGCUGCUCUGGAGCAAACAGAGAGAGGCCGCAAAAUAGCUGAACAGGAGCUAGUGGACGCCAGCGAGCGUGUGGGACUCCUGCACUCCCAGAAUACCAGCCUCAUUAAUACAAAGAAAAAGCUGGAAGCUGACCUUGUCCAGAUCCAAGGUGAAGUUGAAGAUGCUGUUCAGGAAGCAAGAAAUGCUGAAGAAAAGGCCAAAAAGGCCAUCACUGAUGCUGCCAUGAUGGCAGAAGAGCUGAAGAAGGAGCAGGACACAAGUGCUCAUUUGGAGAGAAUGAAGAAGAACCUGGAGGUGACGGUGAAGGACCUGCAGCACCGUCUGGAUGAGGCUGAGAAUCUGGCCAUGAAAGGAGGAAAGAAGCAGCUCCAGAAACUGGAAGCUAGAGUGCGUGAGCUUGAAGGUGAAGUUGAAUCCGAGCAGAGACGAGGAGCCGAGGCUGUCAAAGGCGUUCGUAAAUAUGAGAGAAGAGUGAAGGAGCUCACCUAUCAGACUGAGGAAGACAAGAAAAAUGUGAUCAGACUUCAGGAUCUGGUGGAUAAGCUCCAACUGAAAGUGAAAGCCUACAAGAGACAGGCUGAAGAAGCUGAGGAGCAGGCCAACACUCACCUGUCCAGGUACAGGAAGGUGCAGCAUGAGAUGGAGGAGGCUCAGGAGCGAGCUGACAUCGCCGAGUCCCAAGUCAACAAGCUUAGAGCAAAGAGCCGUGAAAUUGGAAAAGGAAAGGACACAGGUGAAUAAUCUGCAUCCCCUUUGAGAGACACAUGAAAAUCAUAGAAUAUGAUAUUUCAUUCAUUUACUCUCACUAAAUAUUGUAAGUCUAUAUUCAAUAAAUGUGUGUUUCCAGUU